AUGGGUUCUGUUGCAAUCAAAGUGUUUUUGAUAUUGGGGUUGUUGGUUACCUUGUGCAUAGCACAACAAGCUCCUGCACCCGCACCUACCCGAUCAUUAUCACCCAAUUCAGCACCUGCUCCAUCACCCUCCUCCACAAACACAUCACCAACACCCUCUCCCGCGACAACUUCUUCUCCUUCACCCUCUCCUUCAUCACCAACACCCUCUCCUGUCUCUCCUGCAACAACUCCUUCUCCAGCACAAUCACCUUCAUCACCAAUCCCGAACACUUCUUCUCCACCAGCACCAGGAACAAAUGGUCCAGCGUCAAAUCCAGGGGAAGCUGAUGCACCCUCUGCUGCAUUCUCUAUCACCAAAACCUUCGUUGCCUUUACUUCUCUUGCUGGAAUCUUUGUCUCCGUGGUUUUAGCUUAG